AUGGAUCCUUUAGGUGGAAAUGUGAAAGAAAAUAAGAGAUAUAAUAUUAUGCAGCCAUCCAAACAAAGAGAUAGAAAUCCAUUUGAUAUACCCUGGCAUAAGCGCGUGUUUACCAAAUGCUCUAAAAAGAAAAAAAAUAAACCUGAACCCUUUAUAAUGGAUGAACCUAAGUCUAUAUGUGAUGUAGAUAAUGAAUUUUAUAAAAUUAUCGAAGGGCGUCCCAUUAGAUCAUUUAUAGAUAUAAAAGUAUAUAUGAAGACCAUAAGAGAUAUUCUUCUAACUCGAGCCAACAUAUGCUAUCAAACAUCAGACUUAAUUAUCCAAAUGGACAAUGCGACAUCUGAAGAAUUAGAAGAAUAUAAUAAGGUUGCAAAACUAUACGCUAGCGUUAAAACUAGCUUCAUAUAUUUUGCACAAGAAAGUUAUGAUACCGCUAAACAGUGCCAAAAACUUGCCCAGGAAAAAGCUAAUUUAGUAGACAUUGCUAUAGAAAAACUUAAUGAUUACUGUUUUGUGGGCAAUCGCUUAAGAAAUGAAAUCGAAAACUUAAUUGCAAUACUAAAAACGUUGUCUCAGUAUGGUCAGUUUUUGUACACUAUAGCACCCGUUCCCUGGAAAGAAAUGCAUCACCGCAAAUUUUUAAGGACCAGAUCUGUUUCUACCAAACUAUUUGCUACUGAUAUGUCAACACCAUCCGAUGAACUCGACUAUCAAUUAUUUAUUCCUUUACUAAAAAAUGACGAGCCUGAACUAUAUUUCAAAAAGCCAAAGGAAAUUAUUGAUGUUUUUGAUGAAAUGAGUAAACAAUGCCUUAAUUACAUGGAAAUGGAUGUCUUCACUUCAAAUAUACUACGUAAAGUGUGUAGCCGAAGAGACUAUUUAAAAGCUAUAGUUAAAAAUGAGACUGAUGAAAUGGAAGCGAUUAUAGAAAUUAAUAAAAAACAAAUUCAUUGGUUAGAGCUCAAAGAAGCAGAAUACAAAGACAAAUUUUACCGAAUUCUAAUGAACGAGUUUCAGAACUUAUUCGCAUCAUACGAAGUGACAAAACUAUUUACGUGCUUACAAUAUGUACAUACACAGAUUUUUGCUACUUCAGAAGACCCAAAAGAUAGUAUUUCUACAUUAGCUUUUAACUUGGAAAUUAUUUAUCUCAAUCUAUCUUCUAAACUGGAUGAUUUAGAUCAAACAGUUGUCAAGGAAGCAAAGCGUGAAUUAUUCGCAGAAGACAUAAAAAUGAUGAAACAAGCCCGGCUUGCUCAGAGAACUUUAAAGGAGUGUGACAUUUUGACUAAGAAUCUGUACACCAGUUUUGAACCAUCAAGACGAAGGCGUAAAUAA